AGGCGAACGGCGUGUGCUGGUGAUCCACGUUGCGGGCAGAAGAGGUGAGCGGAGAGUGGUGACCCGGCGGCAGGGUUCGGAGCCGCGAAGUUAUUGGUAGUAGAGUGGAAGGAAUGUGGGUCCCCCUCCGAGGUGGGUACCCCCACUGUACCCUGCUGCUCCUGCGUGGGGAGUGGAUGGGUCGGAGGGGCCUGCCCCGAAGCUUGGCCCCAGGACCUCCUCGCAGACGCUACAGGAAGGAGGCUCUCCCAGCCUUGGAAGUACCAGUGUUGCCUAUAACUACAACUGAAAUCCGCCAAUAUUUGCGGGCUCACGGGAUCCCCUUCCAGGAUGGCCACAGCUGCCUGCGGGCACCAAGCCCUUUUGUGGGGGCCUCACAGUUCAAGGACCAGACUGGUGUCACCACUUCCUUCAGCCUCUUCAUUGACAAGACCACAGGCCGCUUCCUCUGCAUGGCCAGCCUGGCAGAAGGGAGCUGGGAAGACUUCCAGGCCAGCGUGGAGGGGCAAGGGGACGGGGCCAGGGAAGAAAUCUUGCUUAGUGAGGCCCCAGAAGCUGAGAACAGCGAGGAGGUCCGGAGGAUCUGGGACCGAGCGGUACCUCUCUGGGAGCUGCCUGAUUCAGAGGAGGCUCAGCUGGCUCAUGUGAUGUUUGGCCUGAGCAAGGUGACAGGAGACACACUUAGGCGUUUCAGUGUGCGAUACCUGCGGUCUGCUCGCAGCCUUGUCUUUCCUUGGUUCUCCUCAAGAGGCUUGGGAUUACGAGGCCUGAAGUUACUUGGAGCUGAAGGCCAGGGGAAUGGCGUGCGCUAUGUGGAGACCACUAUUCCCCGGCCUGGUGCCUACCACAAUCUAUUUGGAUUACCACUGAUAGGUCGUCGAGAUGUUGAGGUGGUACUGACGAGUCGUGAGCUGGACAGCCUGGCCCUGAGCCAGUCCACGGGGCUGCCCACCCUUGCCCUACCCCGGGGAACAGCAUGCUUACCCCCUGUCUUACUCCCUUACCUCGAGCAAUUCCGACGUAUCGUGCUUUGGCUAGGGAAUGACCUUCGGUCCUGGGAAGCUGCCAAGUUGUUUGCCCGAAAACUGAACCCCAAGCGAUGCUCCUUGGUGCGACCUGGGGACCAGCAGCCUCGCCCCCUGGAGGCCCUGAACCAAGGCUUAAAUCUUUCUCGAAUCCUGCGUACUGCCUUGCCCGCCUGGCACAAGUCUAUUGUAUCUUUCCGGCAGCUUCGGGAGGAGGUGCUAGGAGAACUGUCAAAUGUGGAGCAGGCAGCUGGCGUCCGCUGGAGCCGCUUCCAGGACCUUAAUCGACUCUUGAAGGGGCAUCGGAAGGGCGAGCUGACAGUCUUUACAGGGCCGACAGGCAGUGGAAAGACAACAUUCAUCAGUGAGUAUGCCCUGGAUCUUUGUACCCAAGGGGUGAACACACUGUGGGGUAGCUUUGAGAUUGGCAACGUGAGACUAGCCCGCGUCAUGCUGACACAGUUUGCUGUGGGGCGGCUAGAAGAGCAACUGGACAAAUAUGAUGAGUGGGCCGACCGCUUUGAGGACCUGCCCCUCUAUUUCAUGACUUUCCAUGGGCAACAGAACAUCAGGAGUGUCAUAGACACAAUGCAACAUGCAGUCUAUGUCUAUGACAUUUGUCAUGUGGUCAUCGACAAUCUGCAGUUCAUGAUGGGUCACGAGCAGCUGUCUGCAGACAGGAUUGCAGCUCAAGACUAUGUCAUUGGGGCCUUUCGGAAGUUUGCUACAGACAAUAAUUGCCAUGUGACACUGGUCAUACACCCCCGGAAGGAGGAUGAUGACAAGGAACUGCAGACAGCAUCCAUUUUUGGCUCAGCCAAAGCAAGCCAAGAAGCGGACAAUGUUCUGAUCCUGCAGGACAGGAAGCUGGUUACUGGGCCAGGGAAGCGUUAUCUGCAGGUGUCCAAGAACCGCUUUGAUGGAGAUGUAGGUGUCUUCCCACUUGAGUUCAACAAGAGCUCUCUCACCUUCUCCAUCCCACCAAAGAGCAAGGUCCGGCUCAAGAAGAUCAAGGAUGACAAUGGGCUAGUGGCCAAAAAGUCCUCUUCUGGCAAAAAGGGGGCUGUGUCCCAGAACUCUGAGGCUGGCCUGGACCAGGCCUCCAACCCCUCUCAGCCAGACAUCCCCCAGCCUUCAAGGUGAAGGCUCUACAGAGCUGGACACUGAAGUGAGCCUGACGGGACAGGCUGGAGCACAGACUCUUUCCCGGCCCUCUGUGAGGGCUGCCUCUGUGCUGUGGUCCUGAGCUAUGGGCUCCUCUUGGUCUGAAGGGCCUAGGCUAGGGCAGGGUUCCAUAGAGAGAUUCAAUUUUGCAGAUAUUUGAAACCUACUUACACCAGGCUUUGUUUUAGGUCCUGGGAAUAUAGCACUGAACAAGACAGAUAGGGCCCUGCUUCUGUAGAACCUGCAUUCUGGUGGAGGAGAUGAGCUAAACAAUGAACAGAAAACAUAAUUUUAGACUGUGGAAACGCUAUAAAGAAACUAAAAAAAAAAACAAUGAGAGUGUUCCCAGGCUAGUGUAGGUUAAGUGGUCUGAAAAGGUAUGUCUGAGCAGAGGACACCUGAGCUGGCUCUAAAGAAUGAGAAGGACGGAGCCAGGCAGAGGAAAGAGAAAACAGAGGCCCUGGGGUGGGAAUGAGCAAGUUGAGUUCAAGGCAGUGGGGUCAGGCAUCCUGAUCCUGGAGGGGACUAAGAGGCUCCUUGACAAAACUCCAGCUUGGGCUUUCAGAGCCGAAGCAUGACCUGGGUGGUCCAGGCCCCUCUGCUCCCACUUUGUGGAGCUGUCAUGACACGGCAUUUGCUAGAAUUGGCCUCCUAGGUGCUUGGCCCUGGAAUAUCAGGACCCCAAAGGUGGGAGCUUCCUCCCCCUGGAUUGCUUGGCAGUGGCCGUGAGAGGAACUGUGAGCCCAGAGGGCCUGCCACCUGCACACUGAUUCCAAGUGAGUGGCUUCAGACAGGCAGCAAUUCUGGAGUGGAUAUAGUUGUGACUUUUUAUAGAGCCUUUUCCAGUUUUACUGAAAAAGAAUAUUUUUCACUGCCUUU